AUGACCAAAAAAUGGGCCAAGGAUCAUUGGGGCCAAAUUCUGCGAGAAAGAAAACUUCAAGGCCUGCCCCGCUCGCAGAAGAAGCGUAAUUCCAACGACCUUUGGCAACUCAAGUUCACUCCUGAGGCUCGCCGGGACAUGCGCAAGGAUCCUGAGCUUCGGGCGAUGAUGCAGGUGCAGUUUGACGCUCACGGUCGGAUGACGAGCACCCGCGGUGGUACUGGUCACCUCUCUCCCAAGGCUCGGGAUACUUCUCGUCAGCUGUUUGGCUCUUCUGAUGCUGGCUCCUCGUCGCGUACUUGCGACCUCUCUCCUGCAAAGUUCCUCAUUAUUCGUGAGAAGACUCCCAAGGCUCGUUCUGUCCCUGAGCCUAUUGUUGAGGAGAGCGAGGAUGAUGAAUACCAGAACGGUAUCGAGACCCCAGAUAUCCCAGAGGGCGACGGUAUCUUCGAGGAUCUUACGUGGACAUACGUCAUGACUGCGGAAGGCUGGUUGAAAUUCGACCUGCCCGUGUUCCGCCCCUAA